AUGCUCUGUGGCAACUCCUGCGCUUGGGGCCCCCCUUGGGCCGCCCCCCCCCCCGCUUUUCCUGCUGUGAGGUAUUGGGGGGGGGAGGGGGCACAAAGGGGCGGGGCUGAUUCUGACCCCUUCCCCACCCCCCCCAGGUGCCCCCACAGCAGCUUCGCGUGGCUGCCCCUCCCCCCGCCCCCCAGCGGGACGCGACCCCUCCAGGGCGGGAUGGGGGAAGGGGAAGGAGGGGUCCCCCCGGGGGCGCUGAGCGAAUACGAGACGGUGAUGGCCGCGCUGGGGAGCCCCCUGGAGGAGGAACUGGAACCAGCUGCCACGCUUCCCCUCCCGCCGCUGGAGCCCCGCAUGAUCCUGCAGGCGGAGGGCGUACUCUCCACCUGCUUCCUGUCUGCCAUCUUGGGGCCGCCGCGUGACCUGCCGGACCUGGAAGCCAUUUUGGAAGAGGAGGAGGAGGAGGAGGAAGCCAAGAUGGCGGCAGUAGCGGGACGUGUCGACCCUCCCAACAUGGUGCCCGUCGCCAUGGAGACACCGCCCGCUCCCAAGAUGGCAGCCGCGACGCGCCCUGACACCCCCAAGAUGGCGGAUGCCGUGGAGACGAGCGCCGACCCUCCCAAAAUGGCGCCUGUAAGCAUGGAGACGCGCGCUGACCCUCCCAAGAUGGCGGAUGCCGUGGAGAUGAGCGUCGACCCUCCCAAAAUGGCGUCUGUAGCCAUGGAGACGCCCGCUGACCCUCACAAAAUGGCGCCCGUAACUAUGGAGACAGGCACCGACCCUCUCAAGAUGGCGACGAUGCCGCGGCGCAGGAAGCUCCAGCCAAUCGGGGCACGUUUAAUCCGGCGCCGGGGGCGCGUCCGGCAGUGGGGGCGGUGCCGAGAGCGCCAGCCGGGGCGGGGCCAGCGCGCGGCGGGGCGGGCGCUUCCUAUUGACCAAUAGGGAGAGUGGAGAUGAGACCCUCACACCCGGGAACGAGAACGUUGCACCAGUAAACGCCAGUCGCACCAGUUUAAACCAGUGACCCCCAGAGCCCACCAGUUUGUCCCAGUAUAACCCAGUACCCCCCAUAACCCCUCCCAGUCCCCCCCAGUAUAAACCAGUAACAUCCCAGUAUAAAGCAGUGCCCACAAACCCCCUCCCAGUUCCCUCCUAUUGACUCCCAUUGACCCCAGUCC